CAGGAAGGUUUCGUCUUUCAGACCAAGGACGACACAGCCCAAUAUAACACGAGCGAGCGAAACACAAAGAUUUAGCAAAAGAGAUAUAUAAAAGAACGAGAAUAUAUAUAAAUAUAUAUAACAGAGAGAUUUCCCUCUUAAGCUGUUUGUUUUCUCGUUCUCUAUCGAUCUGUAUUCUACAAAAACCUUUGUUUUUCGAAUUCGCAGCUCUCUGGUUGGUUUCUUCUUCGCCGAUCUGUAAUUUCAGCUCAAUAAUUUUCCUGUUAGGGUUUUGAAUUGGAGCGAAAGAUAAAGAAAGUGGAAGCGAACUUCGCAGUAUGAGCAUCGAUAGCCCCGGAAGAGGGGAGAACUAGGGUUUCGAGUAAUUUCGUUCGAGGGAGGGAUUUCCAUGGGCGAUGGAGGUGUCGCAUGCAUGCCUUUGCAGCAUAACAGUAUCAUGGAGAGGUUUCCAAUUCAGGAGAAUACGACAACACUUUGCAGCGGAGGCAAAACUGGCAACACUACCAACACCACAACCACCACAACCAAUACUACUACUAGUACUACUAACAACAGCAGCAAUAAUAACAACAGCAAUGGCAACAGUAUUACCAAUGGCGGCAACAGUACUACGAAUGGCUUCAACAAAAAACCCAAAAAAGUACUGAAGAAGGUAAUUAAGGUCAAAAAGAUCAUUACAGUGAAGAAAGCAGUGGCAGAGAAGCGUGAAUUGGGAUCAGAAAGGGCUGCAAAGAUUAUUAAAGAGAAGGAGGUAAAGACUAGCAAAGAGGAGGUAAAGACUGCUGGCAAGGAAGCUGACAGCAGCUUAAAUUCUAUUGAUAAUAAAGUACAGAGUAACAAAGAAGAAGUCGAAGAGGGUGAAUUGGGGACUUUGAAGUGGCCACCAAAAGCAGAAGUUGAAAAUGGAGAGUUUGUUCCACCAGAGAAGGGAAGGAAAAAUGAAAUUGAGAAGGCAGAGAUUUUUGGCGAUAAAUGGAGGAAAGGGGAUGGAGAAAAGGGAGAGGUUGGUUUGGUUUCAGGUAAGUGGCGCAAACAAGGGGAGUUUGUCAGAGAUGAAAUUGAGAAAGGAGAGUUCGUUCCCGAUAGAUGGCAUAAUAAGGACGAUUACAGUUACAUUAAAUCCCGUGGUAGGUAUGACACAAGUAGAGAGCGUACCCCACCUUCUCUGAAGUAUUCCAGUGAAGAUAUCUACAGAAGGAAGGAGUUCGGUAGGAGUGGUAAUAUUCAGUACAGUAAAAGUUCUUCUAGGUGGGAAAGUGGCUUGGAUAGAAAUCUAAGGAUCAGUUCCAAGAUAGUGGAUGAAGAAGGCUCUUAUAAGAGUGAAUGCUGCAACGGUAAGAAUCAUGUAAGGGAGUACAUUUCUGGUAACAGGUUGAAGCGAUAUGGCACCGAGUUUGAAAGCAAUGAACGCAAACAUUAUGGGGAUUAUGGAGAUUAUGCAUGCUCAAAAAGCAGAAGACUUUCUGAGGAUAGUACUCGCUCUGCUCACUCGGAGCACUAUUCACGUCACUCGAUGGAAAGGUUUUAUAGAAACUCUUCUUCUUCUUCUUCUUCUUCUUUGAGGAUAUCUUCAUCAGACAAAUACAUCUCCAGGCAUCAUGAACCAAGUUUGUCUUCCAAGGUAGUUUAUGAUAGGCAUGGACGCAGUCCAGGUCAUUCUGAGCGGUCCCCACGUGACAGAGUCCGGUACUAUGAUAUUAGGGAUAGGAGUCCACUCCGUAGGGAGAGGUCUCCAUAUGGUCGAGAAAGAUCCCCCUAUAGGCGUGACAGAUCCCCUUAUGGACGUGAGAAAUCUCCAUAUGGACGCGAUAAGUCUCCAUAUGGACGUGAUAAAUCUCCAUAUGGACGUGAUAAAUCCCCAUAUGAACGGAGUCGUUAUCAUGAGUACAAAAGAAGUCCUGCUCAUUCAGAGCGCUCCUCACUGGACAGAUAUCAUGAUCGUAGGGAUCGGACUCCAAACUUCCUGGACCGCUCCCCACUUGAUCGGGGAAGGCUCAAUAAUCAUCGAGAAGCAAGCCGAAAAGGUGGAGUAAGUGAGAAGCGGAACUCUCAGAGUGUAAAUAAAGGUCAGGAGGAUAAGCUGGGCCAGAGGGACUCUAGUGCAAGAGAUUCCCAGUUCAUUGCUAAAGAAUCUCAAGAUAGGAAUGGAGUUAAUGAUAUUAAUGAAUUGGAAGAGAAAAACACCAAUACUGUGUCUCACAAAGAAGAGCAGUCUCAGAGUCCAGUCAUUAAUAACAAAGCAUCUCCUUGUGCUGAUGUACCCCCACCUGAAGAGCUACAAUCUAUGGAGGAAGAUAUGGAUAUAUGUGAUACGCCACCUCAUGUCCCCCUGGUGGCUGAUUCCUCAGCGGGGAAAUGGAUUUACCUUGACUAUUUUGGUCUGGAAUGUGGGCCUUCAAAGUUGUGUGACCUUAAGGCACUUGUUGCUGAGGGAGUUCUUGUAUCAGAUCAUUUGAUCAAGCACUUGGAUGGCGACAGGUGGGUGACCAUUGAAAAUGCAGUUUCACCAUUGGUGACUGCAAAUUUCGCAUCUGUUGUGUCAGACAGUAUAACUCAGUUAGUGAGUCCACCAGAGGCAACUGGUAAUCUAUUGGCAGAUACUGUAGAUACAGUGCAAUAUGGGAGUCAGAGUGGUGAGGAAGGGCGAAUGGCUUUGUCACAGCCCCUGGCAAGCCUUAAUGACAUUGUUGCUGCAUCAGAACAUUUGGAAGAUCUGCACAUUGAUGAAAGGGUUGGAGCUCUGCUAGAGGGUUUUACUGUUGUUCCUGGAAGAGAACUAGAUACUAUUCGAGAAGUUUUACAAAUGACAUUUGAGCAUGUGCAAUGGGAGAGAUUCGGUGAUUCAGAAGGUUUCACUUGGAAUCAAGCUUCCGAUGCAGAACAGCAUGGACUGGAUAAUGAGGAAUUAUCAAGAGGCUCAGAUGCUAAACCCAAAGAAGCUGUUGAAGUGAGGUUAGGUGCAAUCUCUGACAGGGAUCAAGGCUCUGGGUGUUUUGUUGACUCUGCUGACUGGUUUUCUGGCCGAUGGUCGUGCAAAGGUGGAGACUGGAAGAGGAAUGAUGAGACUGUCCAGGACAGACCUUCUAGAAGGAAACUUGUUCUCAAUGAUGGCUUUCCGUUAUGCCAAAUGCCAAAAUCAGGGUCAGAGGACCCUCGGUGGCAUAGAAAAGAUGAUUUGUAUUAUCCUUCUCAAAGCAGAAGGCUUGACCUGCCUCCUUGGGCUUUCUCUUGCACUGAUGAGAGGAAUGAAUGUGGUGGUGUCAAUAGAACAACUGUUGCUAAGCCUUCUACAGUUAGGGGGGUGAAAGGUACAAUGCUACCAGUGGUCAGGAUAAAUGCAUGUGUUGUUAAGGACCAUGGUUCAUUGGUUUCAGAAUCUCGCACAAAAGCUCGAGGAAAGGAAAGAUAUACUUCCAGGCUUCGUGUAUACUCUGGAGCUAAUGAUUUGAAGAGAUUGACACCUGAAGGUAAUUUUCAAUUCAAAACUGAUCAAGACUCUCUUGGAUCUUGGAAAUCCAUUUCAUCCAUUAACACUCCCAAAGACCGGCUUUGCACGGCGGAUGACUUACGCUUGCAUUUGGGUGAGUGGUACUACCUUGAUGGUUCUGGGCAUGAACAAGGGCCGUUAUCAUUUUCAGAGCUUCAGCUCCUGGCAGAUCAAGGCUCCAUCCAAAAAUGUAGCAGUGCUUUUAGAAAAUUUGAUAGAGUGUGGGUUCCAGUAACCACUGCUGCAGAGCAUUCUGAAGCCAAUAUCAAAAUUCAACCAGAGAAUGUUGCAGCAUCUGGUGAUUCUUCAGCAACUCUUUCAACAUUGCAGAUUGCUGCCAAUAAUGACAGUAAAACAAAUUCCAUUUCAUUUCAUAACCUGCAUCCUCAGUUCAUUGGUUAUACCCGUGGGAAGCUACAUGAAUUGGUAAUGAAAUCUUACAAGAGCCGGGAGUUUGCUGCUGCCAUAAAUGAGGUUCUGGAUCCAUGGAUCAAUGCUAAACAGCCCAAGAAGGAGGUUGAUAACCACAUGUACCGAAAAUCAGAACUUGACCCACGUGCUGGCAAAAGAGCACGGCUACAGGUUGAUGGAAGUGAUGAUGACUAUGACACGGUUGAAGAACUACAAACCAUUCAAAAGGAUGAAACCGCUUUUGAAGAAUUGUGUGGCGAUGCUACUUUUCACAAAGAGAAUGGUUCAUGCUCAGGGACUGAAUUGGGGACCUGGGGUUUACUGGAUGGUCUUAUGCUGGCACGAGUCUUUCAUUUUCUGAAAUCUGACAUGAAAUCCCUUGCCUUUGCUUCUUUAACUUGUAAGCACUGGAGGGCUGCUGUGAGCUUUUACAAGGAUAUUUCGAGACAUGUUGAUCUCUCGCAUUUGGGUCCUAACUGUACCGACUCUAUAAUUUGGAAUAUAAUGAAUGGUUAUAACAAAGAAAGGAUAAAUUCAUUGGUGCUGGUGGGUUGCACAAAUGUUACUUUGGGCUUGCUUGAAGAUAUUAUUCGCUCUUUCCCUUGUUUAUCUUCUAUAGACAUUAGAGGUUGCAGCCAGUUGAAGGAGUUGCCCCCAAAAUUUCCUGAUCUGAGAUGGAUCAAGACUCGUAGUUCACGUGGUACUGAGGAGUCAUAUUCUAAAAUACGGAGUCUUAAACAGAUCAGUGAGAAAACUCCUACAUUUUCUAGAACCAAAGGUCUGGUUGGUGAUACGGAUGACUUUGGUGAACUGAAGGAGUACUUUGACAGUGUGAAUAAGAGGGACUCUGCAAAUCAAUUAUUCCGGCGUAGUUUGUAUAAACGCUCAAAAUUGUUUGAUGCUAGAAGGUCAUCAUCUAUUGUAUCUAGGGAUGCCCGUAUGAGGCGAUGGGCCAUCAAGAAAUCUGAAAGUGGCUAUAGGAGGAUGGAGGGGUUUAUUGCUUCAGGUUUGAAGGACAUCAUGAAGGAGAAUACAUUUGAUUUUUUUGUUCCCAAGGUGGCAGAAAUUGAAGAUAGGAUGCAAAAUGGUUAUUAUGUUGGACAUGGCUUAAGGUCUGUUAAGGAUGAUAUCAGCCGAAUGUGCAGGGAUGCAAUCAAAGCCAAGAAUCGGGGUGCUGGAGAUAUGGAUCAUAUCAUUACAUUAUUUCUCAAACUUGCCUCACGUUUGGAAGAUAUUCCUAAGUUUUCUUAUGAAAGAGAUGAACUAAUGAAGUCAUGGAAAGAUGAUUUGUCUGCUGGGCUAGGCUAUACUCCCAUGAAAUAUAAGAAGAAGUUAGUCUUGGAAAAGAAGAACAAUAAUAGGAGUAAUGGUGGUUUUGAUUAUGGAGAUUACGCAUCUGAUCGUGAAAUCAGAAGGCGGUUAUCCAAAUUGAACAGAAAAUCCAUGGACUCUGGAAGUGAAACUUCAGAUGAAUUCAACAAGUCUUCUGACAGUGACAGUGAAAGUACUGCUUCGGAUACAGAAAGUGACUUGGAUUUUUGCUCAGAAACUCGACUUGGGGAAUCCAGAGGGGAUGGAUUCUUUAUGGAAGAUGAGGGUUUAGAUUCCAUGACAGAUGAGCGUGAAUGGGGUGCGCGCAUGACAAAAGCCAGUCUAGUUCCUCCAGUCACUAGGAAAUAUGAAGUUAUAGAUAAAUAUGUUAUUGUAGCAGAUGAGGAGGAUGUUGAACGGAAGAUGUCUGUUGCUUUGCCAGAUGAUUAUUCUGAGAAGCUUGAUGCACAGAAAAAUGGCACUGAGGAAUUGGAUAUGGAGCUUCCUGAGGUGAAGGACUUCAAACCUAGAAAACAGCUUGGAGAUGAAGUUAUAGAGCAAGAAGUUUACGGAAUUGAUCCCUAUACCCAUAAUCUUUUACUUGAUUCAAUGCCUGAAGAAUUGGAUUGGUCUUUAUUGGAGAAACAUUUGUUUAUUGAAGAUAUGCUCCUUCGUACUUUGAAUAAGCAAGUUAGGCAUUUCACUGGCACUGGGAACACUCCAAUGAUGUAUCCUUUGCAGCCCGUUAUUGAAGAAAUUCAAAAAGCUUCUGAAGAGGACUGUGAUGCGCGGACGAUGAAAAUGUGUCGGAGCAUCCUUACGGCCAUAGAUAGUCGUCCUGAUGAUAACUAUGUUGCUUAUAGGAAGGGGCUUGGUGUUGUUUGCAACAAAGAUGGUGGUUUUGGAGAAGAUGAUUUUGUUGUAGAGUUUCUGGGAGAGGUUUACCCUGCAUGGAAGUGGUUUGAGAAGCAAGAUGGCAUCCGAUCUUUACAAAAAGAUAACAAAGAUCCUGCCCCAGAAUUUUAUAACAUUUAUCUUGAGAGGCCAAAGGGUGAUGCUGAUGGCUACGAUUUAGUAGUUGUUGAUGCCAUGCAUAAGGCAAACUAUGCAAGCAGAAUUUGUCACUCAUGCAGACCAAAUUGUGAGGCAAAAGUUACUGCUGUAGCAGGUCACUACCAGAUUGGAAUCUAUACUGUCCGAGACAUCCAACAUGGCGAGGAGAUCACAUUUGAUUAUAAUUCUGUGACAGAGAGUAAGGAAGAAUAUGAAGCGUCUGUUUGUUUGUGUGGUAGCCAAGUUUGCCGGGGCAGCUAUUUAAAUCUGACAGGUGAAGGGGCUUUCCAGAAGGUGCUGAAGGAGUGGCAUGCCAUGUUGGAUAGACAUCAGUUAAUGCUUGAAGCCUGUGAAUUAAAUUCUGUAUCUGAAGAGGAUUACCUUGACUUGGGGAGGGCUGGUUUAGGAAGUUGUCUGCUUGGUGGUUUGCCAGAUUGGGUUGUUGCAUAUUCUGCUCGUCUUGUGAGGUUCAUAAAUCUGGAGAGGACAAAGCUUCCUGCGGAAAUUCUAAGGCAUAAUUUAGAAGAAAAGAGGAAAUAUUUUUCGGAAAUAUGUCUUGAGGUUGAGAAGAGUGAUGCUGAGGUUCAGGCUGAAGGCGUGUACAACCAGAGGCUUCAAAAUCUGGCUGUAACUCUUGACAAGGUGAGGUAUGUAAUGCGAUGUCUAUUUGGUGACCCAAAGAAAGCUCCACCUCCCUUGGAGAGGCUGAGUGACAAGGAAACUGUUUCUUUCCUCUGGAAAGGGGAGGGGUCACUUGUUGAAGAACUUCUCCAGUGCAUGGCUCCUCAUGUUGAAGCUGAUGUGCUAAAUGAUCUCAAGUCCAAGAUUCAUGCCCAUGAUCUGUCAGAUUCUGAUAACAUUCAGAAAGAACUUCAGGAAUCAUUGCUAUGGUUGAGAGACGAAAUUCGGAACCUUACAUGUACAUAUAGGUGUCGGCACGAUGCUGCAGCUGACUUGAUCCAUAUUUAUGCUCAUACAAGAAGCUUCUUUAGAAUUCGAGAGUACAAUACAUUUACUUCUCCACCCGUUCACAUUAGUCCACUUGACUUGGGUCCCAAGUAUGCUGAUAAGUUGGGGGCUGGUAUUCAUGAAUAUCGAAAAACUUAUGGUGAAAAUUAUUGUAUGGGGCAGUUGAUCUAUUGGCAUAUCCAAACUAAUGCUGAGCCAGAUUGUAGCCUGGCUAAGGCAAGCAGGGGCUGCUUGUCAUUACCUGAAAUUGGCUCUUUCUACGCUAAAGUUCAGAAACCAACGCAGCAACGUGUUUAUGGUCCAAAGACCGUGAAGGUUAUGCUGGAAAGGAUGGAGAAGUAUCCACAGAAGCCUUGGCCGAAGGACCAAAUAUGGUCAUUCAAGAGUACUCCAAAAAUUAUUGGCAGCCCAAUGCUCGAUGCCGUUUUGAGCAACUCUCCUUUAGACAAGGAUAUGGUGUGUUGGUUGAAGCACAGACCCAGUAUAUUCCAGGCCAUGUGGGAUAGGUGAAACCAACCAUUUUCUCCAGCAAUUAGGAAAGCUGCAGUCGGGUUAUUAGGCAACCGAUACUUUUAGUUCAAUGUUUUGGAAUGAUUUCUUUAGUUCACAGCUACCCUUUUUAGUGUGGGUGUUGGUUAUCAUUCCAAAAUGUUAUUCCUUCUGCUGCUUCCUUCUCCCAUUCUUGUGUACAGUGUUUUAUUCCUUUUUUUUUUUUUUUUUUUUUUUUUUUACCCU